UUCAAAUGUAAUUCGAAUAACUCGAGAGUUUUAAAUAUCUUUUACAACCUAAUCACAACUCACAAUUGGUUAUGGAAUAACUGUUCAUUCUCUUUUUACUUGGCAUUCUUAAAAGGGCUUCUUCCCCUUUCUUUUUCCAUGACAAAGGUAGUAAAAGUUAAACUUUCGGGGUACUUGUUGGGACUUGGGAGUUUAAGCACUUAAGGUGCGGCUGAAGCCCCCAAGAAUCAAAAUAAUUUAAGUCUGAGAUCUUCCUGUUAAAAUAUUUGGUCACUCAGGAUUUCUGAAAACUGAAUCUGGAGCUGAACAAACUAGGAUUCAUGAAUUGCAUUGGAUUCUAGCUGAUCCAACUUCUGUUAUCAAUUAUCUACUAGUACCUGAUAAGAGAUGAUGAUACAAAUUUUCCGUACCAGAAAAAGAAUGAGAUAAUACCCGAGGACGUGUCGAAGAUACUAAAAUCAUCCCACUCAUGCAUAUCCAAUGGCUUCGCUUUCUUCGUUCAGUCUUUAAAUAGUCCUUUUACUCUCUUUGCUUUACUCACUCAUUCACUCUGCUUCUUUUAAGGAAUGUUGUCCCUAAAUUCAUUCCUUUCAUUGAGUUCCCUCUACUUCUUUCUUGUUUUAGUAUCAUGUUUCGCCGGAGGGUAUUCAUCUUCCUCCUCUGUCCGCACUAAGAUUGGCAAAGGCUACCGUUUGAUCUCCAUUGAAAAGACCCCUGAUGGUGGCUUUCUGGGUCACCUUCAGGUUAAGCAAAAGAACAAAAUUUAUGGUCCUGAUAUUCCUCUCCUGCAACUCUAUAUCAAGCAUGAAGCUCAAGACCGUUUGAGAGUACACAUAACAGAUGCCAAGAAGCAGAGAUGGGAAGUUCCAUACAAUCUUUUACCAAGAGAGCAACCAGCUGCAUCAAAACAAACUACUAGGAGAACAAGAAAGCACUCUAUAACAGUCUCAGAGCUUGCUGGGUCUGAGCUCAUAUUCAGCUACACAACUGACCCUUUUAGCUUUGCAGUGAAAAGGAAAUCAAAUGGACAGACCCUUUUCAAUUCCAGCUCGGGUGGCUCAGAUUCAUUUGGAGAAAUGGUGUUUAAAGACCAGUACUUGGAGAUUUCCACUCAGUUGCCUAAAGAUGCUUCACUGUAUGGACUUGGGGAGAACACUCAACCGCAUGGAAUCAAGCUGUAUCCAAAUGACCCUUACACAUUGUACACAACCGAUAAGUCGCCUGCUAAUCUAAACACUGGAUUGUACGGGUCCCACCCUGUUUAUAUGGACUUAAGGAAUGUGGGCGGUGAGCCUUUUGCACAUGCUGUUCUCUUGUUGAACAGCAAUGGCAUGGAUGUGUUUUACACAGGGAAUUCAUUAACGUAUAAGAUUAUUGGUGGUGUUUUUGAUUUUUAUUUCUUUGCUGGACCCACCCCCCUUGCCGUUGUUGAUCAAUACACCUCUCUUAUCGGCAGGCCUGCUCCCAUGCCUUACUGGUCUCUAGGGUUUCACCAAUGUAAAUGGGGUUACCAUAAUCUCUCUGUAGUUGAAGAUGUCGUUGAGAACUACAAGAAAGCUAAGAUCCCACUUGACGUGAUCUGGAAUGAUGCUGAUCAUAUGGACUACCAUAAGGACUUCACCCUCAACCCCAUCAACUUCCCUCGUCCAAAGCUUCUUGCAUUCCUGGACAAAAUACAUAGCAUAGGCAUGAAAUACAUUGUCAUUAAUGAUCCUGGAAUUGGUGUUAAUUCCAGUUAUGGUGUAUACCAAAGAGCCAUUGCCAAUGACGUAUUUAUCAAGCAUGAAGGUGAGCCCUACUUGGCCCAAGUGUGGCCUGGAGCUGUUAAUUUCCCAGACUUCCUCAACCCUAAAACUGUUGCAUGGUGGGGUGAUGAAAUUCGACGCUUUCAUGAACUUGUCCCUAUUGAUGGGCUUUGGAUUGAUAUGAAUGAAGCUGCAAAUUUCUGCAGUGGGAAGUGCACGAUUCCAAAAGGAAAGCAGUGUCCAAAUGUGACUGGACCUGGUUGGAUCUGUUGCUUGGACUGCAAGAACAUAACAAAGACAAGAUGGGAUGAUCCACCAUACAACAUAAAUGCUUCAGGGUUGCAGGUACCACUAGGGUUCAAAACUAUUGCAAGUAGCGCAGUUCACUACAAUGGUGUUUUAGAGUAUGAUGCUCAUAGUCUUUAUGGCUUUUCUCAAUCCAUAGCAACUUACAAGGCUCUUUUAGGGCUUGAGGGCAAACGACCAUUUAUAUUGUCACGCUCGACUUAUGUUGGUUCAGGAAAAUAUGUUGCUCAUUGGACAGGUGAUACUAAGGCUAUUUGGGAAGAUUUGAAGUAUUCAAUAACUACUGUGCUGAAUUUUGGUUUAUUUGGGGUUCCAAUGGUUGGUGCCGAUAUAUGUGGCUUCUUUUCUGCUCCAACAGAUCCAACGGAAGAGUUGUGUAACCGUUGGAUUGAAGUAGGUGCGUUUUACCCUUUUGCUAGGAAUCAUGCAGAUUACUUCUCGCCAAGACAGGAGCUGUAUCAGUGGAAGUCUGUAAUCAAAUCUGCUCAAAAUGCCCUAGGUAUGAGGUAUAAACUUCUUCCUUACCUCUAUACCCUGAACUAUUUGGCUCAUAAGAGUGGAGCACCAAUAGCCAGGCCACUUUUCUUCGCAUUUCCUGCUUACAAGGAGUGCUAUGGGCUGAGCACCCAAUUCUUGGUUGGAAACAGUCUUAUGGUGUCUCCAGUGCUUGAGCAGGGGAAAACAAAAGUUAAAGCACUUUUCCCCCCAGGUUCUUGGUAUAAUGUCUUUGAUAUGAAACAAACCAUUGUUUCAAAGGGACAGUAUUUUACGCUAGAUGCACCUUUGCAUGUGGUUAAUGUAUAUUUGUAUCAGAAUACCAUAUUACCAAUGCAGCAGGGUGGAAUGAUCUCCAAGGAAGCUAGAAUGACACCAUUCACUCUUAUAGUGACUUUCCCUGCUGGGGCUAGCGAAGCACAAGCCAAAGGAAACCUUUAUCUUGACAAUGACGAACUUCCAGAAAUGAAACUUGGAAACGGGUUUUCAACGUAUGUAGAAUUAUAUGCGACCGUGAACAAGGGAUCUGUGAAGAUUUGGUCUAAAGUUGAGGAGGGCAAGUUUGCUUUAGACAAAGGUUGGAUAAUUGAGAAGGUAACUGUGCUGGGAUUGAGUGGAAGCGGAGACACGCCUGCUCUCGAAAUUAAUGGAAGUCCUGUAGGCCCUGCUGCUUUGAACAUAGAAUUGAGCUCCCUGGAACAGAAGCAUCUGCAAGAUCUUGAAGAUGGACAAAGCAAGAAGAAGUUUUUGAUGGUUGAGGUUACAGGUUUGGAUUUACCUGUAGGAAAGAACUUCGCCAUGUCUUGGAAAAUGGGGUACAAGGAUGACGCCUGAUUAAAUCUCCAUUGCAUGCUUAGAGGUUGUUCAUUGACAUUGUUGUUCAAAAUUGAGGUUUCCUAUAUUAUUUAGUGUGUUAAUUUAAAUUGCAGUUUCUUCCUUUCUCCGCUUUGAAGAGAUCAACUCACUCUCCCCUUUGACUCCGACCACCCUCAAUCCCAAAAUUUUUUUGAAAAAAUUCAAUAUUAAUCAACUUAAUAUUUUACUUUUUUACUUCUUUUUAUA